AUGUCAAUGACUGAACGGUUUGACCAGAUGAAAGCCUAUUAUGACAAGUUUGGUUUCCUUCACAAUUUCGGAUGCAUAACGGCAAAUGAGCGAACUGACCUGAGGAAGUGUUGCGAUGUUUUCAGCGAUAUCUUAACAGAUGAAAUUACUGGUUCGGAUGUUGAUGCUCGUAAUUUAUGUGCCGAAUUGCACAACUUAGCAGGUUUAGUGCCACACAGUAUUGGUGCUCUUAAAAGUCUGCCACGCAUAUAUGAGAACAAUUUGCAAGAUUCAUUCACAAACGUCUCUGUUGUAUUAUGUAUCGCUUUGACAGUUCCUGUAACUGUCGCGUCUGCUGAACGCAGCUUUUCAGAGCUCAAGCUGAUUAUGAGUGAUCAGAGAACAAGCAUAACGCAACAGCAACUGAAUGGCUUGGCAUUAAUAUCAACUGAGCACAAAAUUCUAGACUCUCUUGAUUAUGCAGACUUGAUAAAAGAUUUUGCUAAAAUGAAAGUACGGAAGGUGUUUUUACAUUAA